AGUUUACGGGCCUUCUUCGAAACGGAUAUCUCCGUCCUACUCCCCUUUAGUGCGCGCACUGCCAUCACCCAUUUUGUGCUCGCGUAUUGCGGAACACCGGGAUCAUUGUUCAGUACUCGCCACUUUUCUACCGGCAUCCGUGUGACGUGAUGAGCUCCAUGUGACCGGGGUGUUACUGAAGUGUUUAUUUACAAUUGUGCGCGGUUCUUUGUGCGUGUGGAUGUUGCUACGACCGAGUGGAUUUCGUGAGCGGAUACGUGUCGCCUACGGAAGAAAACGACUACGGCCCCUCGCAACUUUAGGUGCGUGGAAGUGGAGCGGCGUCAUGGCGGCGGCGGCGGCGACUUCCGGUCCGCGAACAAAAUGGCGGAAGCCGGAGUUCCGCUUUCCCGGUGUCGGGUGGCUUACCGUGCACACAGCCCUACAUCUGCUGGCGUUCGCCGAAUGCCUGACGCCGCAGACCACCACUACGUCGAGUCAAGAUAACCUAUGCUACCUCACUCAUGGCGGAUCCUCAGAGACGUUCACAGUCAACGAAGCCUUCCCAGUCGAGAGCAUCGUGGGCACCCUUCAGGUGGCGGGCAACGCGAGCGAACCGUGGGGUGACAUCGAGCUGCGCAUGGCCGAUCCCGAGGGUUCCCCGCUCACCAUCUUGCCCGGAACCAAGAGCCUCGUACUUCGACAGAAGCUGGACAAGGAAGGCCGCGACGGUCUGCGCUCCGUCACCACCGACGUCAUCUGCUCACCCAGGCACACGCGCAACAACGACCACCUGAGCAUCACUGUGCCGGUCCGAAUCAUCGUGACGGAUGCCAAUGACAACGCUCCGGAAUUCCAAGGCACCCCUUACUUCCUCAACAUCAGUGAGAGUACUGUGCCCGGUACGACAGUCAUGCAAGGCAUUCGAGCCGUGGACAAAGACCAGCCUGGUCCCUUCAGCACGGUCGAGUACUACGUCGAGGACGGACCCUACUCGCACCUUUUGGCGUUCGAAAACCGGCUGGAGGGUUCUCUGGUGCUCCAGGACAGGUUGGACCACGAGACACUUCCCAAGUUCACCGUCACUCUCAGGGCGCAGGACCAAGGCAACCCACCACAGAGCUCUCACACCACCCUUGUGGUGGUGGUGCACGACGCCGACGAUCAGAACCCCAGGUUCCUGGCCGAGAGGUACUUCGUCCAGCUGCACAACACCACCCGCGCGGGAACGCCACUCGACGUGAAGCCAAGCAAGAUCGAGGCUGAGGACCCCGACGAAGAGAUCAGGGCUCCAAUCAAGUACACCUUCAAUUCUGACGCCCCGGAGUACUCGUACUUCGACCUGCAUCCGCAGACGGGUCACGUGUCCCUGGUACGACCUCUGCCCGAAGGAUUCGCGUUGCCCGUGACGUUGGUGGUGCGAGCCACGCAGCACGACAACCCGGAUCGAUUCACGCUCACCACGCUCACGCUCACUGCCGACAGGUUCCCGCCACAUGAGCUCCACUUCCUCCAGGACGAGUACGAGGCCCGCGUGCUGGAGAGCACCCCUCCUGGUCAAGCAGUGCUGACGGUGCAGACAACACGCGGCGCUGCCGACAAGGGCGGCGUGCGAUUCGAGCUUAUGGACGACGGCAGCGGUGCGCGCUCGUUCGCCAUCCACGCUUCGGGCGAGCUCAUCCUGGCACAACCGCUCGACUACGAGACCAAGCAACUCUACAUGUUACAGGUUCUCGCCACCGACGGCAAGCACAGCGACGUCGCUCGCGUCAACGUGAGCGUGUUGGAUGUGAACGACAACGACCCGCAGUUCAGCCAGCCGCGCUAUUCUUUCGUGCUCACCGAACCUGACGCCGUACGCCAGGGGGCGCUCGUGGGUCGAGUCGAAGCAUCGGACGCCGACGCCGGCGACUCGGUCCAGCUGGCGAUAGACGGGCCCUCAGCGCGCCUCUUCACGAUCAACAACCGCGGCGAGGUGCGCAUCCGGGACCUGGAGUAUCUGAACUCAACGCGGUCGCACCUGGUGGUGGUGGCGACGGACAGUGGCGUUCCUCCCCGAAAGUCAACGGCCCUGGUUGAAGUGCAGUUCCCUGAGGCUCUGGUGCUUAGCAGUGGCACGCUGGCCCCGAGGCGGGACGAAGGCAGCUUCGUGCUCAUGGCCGUCUUCGGCGCCCUGCUGGGAUCGCUUCUGCUCAUCAUCAUCACGCUCACUGUGUACAUUCUCAAGAACAAAAAAUAUCGGAACAGACUGCCAGUCUCUAUCACGGGGAACGGACACACGCCAUUGAAUAAGGUGGCGACGAUAAAAGCUCCUCACAGUGCGGCCAACAAGUUAAUCAACCCUCCGCGCCCUCUCGCGGGUGUCGAGAACCCCAUCUUCAACCUGUCCGAUGCCAAGUCGGACGACACGACCGAGGACAUGAGCGAACGAGAGACGGUGCCGGACAGUCCGGACACUCCUGUACCUAACGGGAACAAUAACAACAACAACAGAGCGCAGCAGAACGGCGGAGGGCUGCCCAACGGCAGGCUCGAGCCGCUGCGGAACGGGACCGCCGCGCCUCCUACCGUCCCGUCGCCGCUGGGCAACGGCAAGCUCCUCAACGUCCAGUGGCCUAUCGGCUCCAUACCCAGGAGGGUAAAGAAACUCAGCUGGGAGGACGAGCAACCGAACAAGACGGCGCUGGACCCUGACGUCAGCGUAACACCGCUGACCGGUGGCAACCAGUCCCCCGACCACAACGAACUCACAGUGUACUUCUAGGUCAAACAGCACUGAACUGUGUCCUCCUCCCUCAAGUAUCUCGCAUGAAAGCGAGGUCACCGCAGGUUCAAGCCUGGGCAGCUGCGUGCGAGGAGCAAGUCGUUGUGAUAAAUCUGCAGCAUGCCAAGCCGUCAGUGCCUUCCGUUCCCGCAAUUCGGCGACGGUGAUCGCCCUUCGACAGUGGUUCGUCUUCCUCGCAAGCACCGGACGCUCCGGCAGUGUUGUGUGUGAACGUAUGUCGAGUGCGGCAUCCGAGUGUGUGUAGCGUUUAAGCCAUGCAACUGAAUGGGACAGAAGUAACGCAGUUUGUUAUCACGAGACUGCUUCUCUGGCCGUCAGCGACGCUUGUAAUGCGAAAUGCAGCAAGCUUCAUUUCGAGUUCAGUGUGGCGCUGAAGAUCAUCGAAAGAAAAAAAAAGAAGAGAAUGGGUUUGUGCAGGACGUUGCCAUCACCAGCGCAACGCUUCCACACUGAGAUCCAGCGACGUUUGAGAAUGGUUCGUUGUUUUUCUCGGCAAGCUUCCCUUGAAGCUAAGGAACAUUCAACGGUCAACCCACUUGACCUGCUGUUGUACUGCCGAGGCUGAAAGUUACGCUUCGAAGAAUUUCUGCUCAGUGAUUUCUGCUCGUUGUGCCUAUCUGUCACAAGGAAAUGAUUGCAUGAAGUGUCUGUCCCAAAGUCAAGCCCAGAAGGAACACGUAACUUAUUACUGAGCUCAGGAGAGCGAGUUUUAUUUCGCUUCUGCGAUAUCGAGACCACACUGCUGUCGUUUUGAACACAAACCUUUCAGAAAGCCGACCUUCUGCCACUAACGUAUAUGCUCAAACUAAUGCUUCGAAAUUCAAACGUAGAUACGUGUGGUACCACUAAAAUCGGCCAAACGGAUUUUACAUAUGCUUCAGCAAACCAAGACAUUUGAAAACUACCUUCGUAGCGAUGUAAUACCCACCUCAUCGCUUCUUCACCACGUUGCUGUCCACGCAGAGUUCGUCAAGUGCCAAGCGCUACAAUUCCUUCUCCCCUUCAGUGUCUGCAUUUUGCGCGGUGGGCCAAGCCAAAAAAAGACGUUACUGCACUCCUGAACUGUCCAACGGUUCGAUGUUUCACCACGACCAGUCAGAAGAGCCACCAGUAAUGCAUUGAUGCUAUUGCCUUUCUUUAAACGCUUCGUAACGACCAGCAUUGCAGCUUUUGUGUGCACCAAAGAAAUGAUAGCUGAGAUGCGGACUACACAAUCUUGUAUAUAGACUAAAACGACAAAACAGACGUGGAACUUUAUAUUUUGUACAUAUUGUUAUAUUAUUGUGUCGAGCCUGUUGCGUGCUUUCUUCUUGCCACAAUGCCUUACAGAGACGAGAGAAACUUGCCUUGCCUUGCACUCUCGACAACAGUAUAAAGCGUAUUUUCCUAGUGUGUUUCUAAUGCCAAUCUUUUUUGUAAUGUAUUUGUAUAGUUCCUUUUUAUACGUUUCAUUCUGAUAAAAGAAGAUGCAAAUCAGUGGCGACUGUAAUGACGAAACGACUGGAAAUAAAGCUACGUGUUUCCAUG